AUGCGGCCGCAAACGACACCGCUCCCACGAGCGCGAUCAAAAGAGGUUUUGGAGCAGAAGAGAUGGAUCACACAAGCAUGGCUUGCGCGACAAGAAGAAGGCCGCAAAGAAUGGGCCAGACAUGCGGAGGAGAUCAAGAACGGCACGAGGAAAAGUUUUGUCGAGCACUUGGAAGAGCGAGGUUUGAUUCAUGAUGUUGUUGGCGAGCGAGAUCUCCUGCAUAGGCUCUUCACCGAGAAGCGGACCGGACUAUACGUCGGAAUCGAUCCGACGGCACCGUCCAUGCAUGUCGGUCAUAUGUUACCGUUUAUGGUAUUGGCAUGGGCAUAUGUUUGGGGUUUACCGGUCACAUUUUUGCUAGGAGGUGCCACGUCUCGUAUUGGUGACCCCACAGGUCGACUGAAGGGCCGGGAUCAAGUUCAUAGCUCGGUCCGCAAAGCCAACAUGGCCAGCAUGCAUAUGCAGCUCAAGAAACUGGGCGCUAGCAUCGAGCAGUACGGAAGCAAAUACGGAUAUAAACGGGAGAUGAUAUGGAAGCGGGCCCUGGUGAACAACAACACGUGGUGGGGGUCAAUGCCCUUCAUCGAGGUGCUUCGUGAUCUGGGUGCGUACAUGAGGCUUGGGCCCAUGCUCGGACGUGAUACUGUCAAAAAUCGAUUGAGCAAGGGCGAUGGUAUGUCUUUCGCAGAGUUCUCUUACCCACUCCUGCAGGCAUGGGAUUGGUGGACACUGUUCCAGAAAGGCUGUCAGGUCCAGGUGGGAGGCGCUGAUCAAUAUGGUAAUAUUCUCUUUGGGAUGGAUGCUGUGAAGGCCAUCAGCAGGAACACUGUGCUUGAGCAGGUCCGAAACCCUCUAGAAUCCGAACUGGAUCGCCCUAUCGGCUUCACCACGCCUUUAUUAACUGCCCCCAACGGCGAGAAGUUUGGCAAAUCAGCUGGUAAUGCUGUAUGGCUUGACAAAGACAUGACUUCGACGUUCGAGCUCUACCAAUUCUUCAUCCGAACCCCAGAUGACACGAUUGAGCGUUAUCUGAAGCUGUUUACUUUCAUUCCAAUCCCCGAGAUUGCGACCAUAAUGGAAGAACAGAACAAAGACCCUUCAAAGCGAAUUGCCCAGCAUCGUUUAGCCUACGAAUUCGUCUAUCUUAUCCACGGACGGGACGAGGCGGAGGCUGUAUCACUUCAGCAUCGUCAACUGUUCCGCUCCCGAUCAUCAACAGGCGAGCCUUCGCCUUUGCCUCUGAACACAACCCCAUCGAAAGAGAACCCCAAGUCCGUCACGGCGGGUAUGAUCACCCCUCAGUCCGGUAACCCUUUCGCACCCCAGACCAACUUUGCCAACAUGGGCAACUUCAAAGUCACUCUUCCCCGCUCACUGGUGUACAAUCAGCCUUUCAACAAGAUCCUUUGGUCUGCAGGUCUUGUUGCCACCAAGGGCGAGGGUCAUCGAGUCAUCAAGAACAACGGAGCCACCGUAGGCUGCAAGCCUGGAACCGGCGCCGCCAUGGGCGACAACCUUACAUUCAUGCCUCUGCUUGACGACCAUCUCAUGAUCAAAAUGGGCAAGUGGAAGCUUCGCAUGAUCCAAAUUAUCAGCGAUGAGGAUUUCCGCGCCCAGGGUCUGACUGCUCCAGGAUGGGAGGACCAGACCGAGGACCAGAAAUGA